CCAAAGCAAGGUAGGAGCCGUUGCAGGUUCGGCGAGGCCAGUCCAUCGCGGACCCUCCUCUCGUUCGUACACGCGCCUGUGGUCUGCUUAUUCUUAUGAAGUAUAUCUAUAGAUCCGUAUGACAUAUACAUAGCUACGUAUUUAUGCAUUAAAAUACUAAUAAACUGCAAGUUAGACCUCGCUCGCCGCUCGUUCAAAUCCCCCAAGUGCCGUGCGCGUCGUCGGAGUUGUCGCUCAUUGAAGUCUCUAACGAUAAGACUCGGACCUCGGUCAUCUCGCGUCAAAGUGCCUCAGAUUCCCUCAGGUGGCCAACUUUGACGACAAAAUUUGAAACGGAAGAUGAAAAACUCGCUGGAAAGUCGUCCGGAGUCGUGACGUUAGAGACGGUCGGGCUGGUGGUGGUGGUUUUUGCCGCAACUCUUCAUGGUGGUGGCGAACGCGAAGCCGCUGGUGAGAGACCGAACGAAGAGAGAACUCACUCACCUCGCCCAGUUUACCCUUCGCUACGAUAACUCGCGGCGCUACUUCGCUCCGAGCUCCGAAUUCGCUGUCAGUUCGAGCUGACGAAUCGUGGCUGACGUUUCAUUGAAUAACGCGGUUUUUCAUAACGCGGCUCGCUCGCUUCGACGCGUGCUGAGGAACUUGCGAUUGUGAAUGGACCGUUGAAAUCACGAAACGAGGAUCAACCGAAGGAAAACGGCGAUUCGUUGGCAAACUCCACGGGGAAAAAUUUGCUUAAUUUUUCGAAAAAUCUUAUCACCGAAGAUCGGUAGCUCAAUCGAGAUCCCACUUUUAUCCUUCGCUCCCCCCUUGCACAUUCGAAGCUUUACUCCCUCAGCGAUAAAUCGCGCAGAGUCGUAUAUCCUCUGGUGCCAACCGGAGGCGCUUUUUAAAUUUAUUAUCCGGAAGUGUCGAGACAAUGAGAACGGAUACGGGACGGACAAUGGGGUGACCGGAACCCGCCGCGGCGAUAUACGCAUAUUCGUUAUUUUUUCCUCUCUCCUUCUUUAUAUUCUACUCGCGCGUGUCUCAUUUAACUUAUUUUUUCUGUAAAUCGUACUUCGUCAGGCAUGCGCAAUCGCGCGAACAAUUGAGCGUGACGGCACAACGAGAAGCGCGUUGUUUGUUCGGAUUUGAGGAAAAACGAGAAAUCGAAAGGAGCGAGGAGCCUGCGAAACGAAUCCUCGCUGACUCUCUUUCGAUUGCGCAAAAAUCCGGAGCUCCAACGGAAUCACCGGUGAAGAAAUGACUGAUCUGAAUAAAAAUAGUGGAUUGCGCGAUCUUGCGGUACCGCUGUGUGUGCUCGGCCAAGACCCCGAGAGCGAUCUAUAUAAAAUGUGUAACUACGAGUUUUCGAUAACGGGCGCACGAGUUUAUCUUUUCAAUUAGCGUCUAUUCACUAAUGACCGUGCCCCAGUCUGGAAAAAGGAUAAGAAGGAGAAGAAAAGAGAGAGAAAUAAGAAACCACGUUUAAGUUUACGUCCGAGUUGUUUGCUGGCGAAUGAAAAUCACCGCCAACGACGACGACGAGAGGCAACUUCAUUGGCAUUUGGCCAUUAGAGGAUAUAACCGAUUCGUCGAACGGCCUGAUAAACGCGUGUCUCUAAUCAUUAGAUUGCCAAGCUCCUAGCCAUACGUUACAAAGAAUUACAGUGCUCCGGAGCCCGCCGCGCGCGCGCGCCGUCUAAAAAACUUUCCAUCUGUGUGUAUAAAGGUAGCUGGACAUAAAUACACGUCGAUGUCAGUGCGGAGAAGGCGCGAACACCUGUUUUCCUGUUUGUAUAAAAGCACAUUGGGGAGCAGCUAAAUACUGUAACUCGGUUUAUUCAGUCCUCGAUGAAAUAUCGAUCGGUCCCUGCGAGGAAAAGUUGAUCGAGAAUUUCUAUCAACGAACUUGAGUUUCGAGGGGAAGAGCUCCCAUUUGUUUGUGCCUUUUUCAACCACGGAAAACUCACGAGCUCUUCGAUUUAUUUGCCGAGUCAAAUACUCGUGUGCGCGCCUUCUUCUUUAUCCUGAAGAAGCCGCCUGGUCAAUAAGCGACGGCAAACAGUAUCGCUCGUCCCGGCUUUUGCCCCCGCACGUCGCCCGCAAAUCCUCAAACAAAAGCACACACGGGCGUGCACUCGCACAUCGAUAAUAGUGGACAUCGCGGUGUGUGGACAACUUUGAAAAUCGCAAACGUUUGCUCAACGUUUAGUGCCUAUUAUACACAUUUAAUGUCGUAUAAGUUCUGCGUAUUUGUGAAACGGACUCUGAAAUAAUAUUCGAGCAUAGUACGAAGAAUUUUUGCUCGAAUAUAAAAGCGGCUUACGUGAAUUUUCGAACGUGUUUACAGACGUGUAUUUAAUACGGUUUCAUGAAAUCAUUAAACAAGGUGAUUGUGAUGUAAGAGAUGCGUCGUGGUGAUAUCGCGGUGACCGCGAUAGCCCUUCUCAUUCUAGGGCAUAUUCAAGGCCCUCGUCAAACCAGGGUGGUUAGUGCGGUGGUCGUAGGGGCGGCGGUCUGCAGCCGAAUCCCCGGACUGGCAAAAAGUCAACGUGAACAGUGCAGGAAGGCACCUCACGCGAUGCCUGCUGUGGGAGAGGGUGCGGAGCUUGGUUUGCGGGAGUGCAGACAUCAGUUCAGGCAUCAUCGAUGGAAUUGCUCUCAUGUUACGAACGAUCAAGUCUUUGGGCACGUCGUCGUCGUAGGCAGCAGGGAAGCAGCUUUCACGUACGCCAUAAGCUCGGCUGGCAUUACGUAUGCGAUUACAGCAGCUUGCAGCAGGGGCAACAUAACAGCUUGUGGUUGCGAACCAGCUGUAAGAACGAGGAAGGAGUUGCCGCCAAAUGGCUGGGAGUGGGGAGGAUGCAGUGCGGACGUAACUUACGGAAUGAGAUUCGCGCGUAGGUUUUUGGACUCGAGAGAGGUCGAAGGUGACGCGAGGAGCCUCAUGAAUCUUCACAACAACAAGGCCGGUAGAAAGAUAGUCAAGGCCCUGCUACAAACCGAAUGCAAGUGCCACGGCGUUUCCGGAUCCUGCACUGUCAGAACCUGCUGGAGAACCCUCCCCAGCUUUCGACAGAUCGGCGAUGCUCUCAUGAAAAAAUAUUAUCGAGCACGACCCGUUAUGGCUAUAACUCCACCCCCUCCACCCACGAUUCAGGCCUCGGAUUACUUGACGCAUUCGUCGUCGAUGGACAUAGUCCCGAUUAUCGGAAACGAUGCAAAGUCCCAAGGCAAGUCGUUGGACUAUUCAAGUUCCCGGAACGAUCGUAGACCACUGAGAAAGUCGUCGAAACCUCGAAGGCCGCAUCUCGUGUUGAAGAGGAUAAAAGUUAGCGGUGGUCCGGGAAUGAGCCAAAAGAGGAUUCCAAAAAGGAGCGAGCUCGUUUUUCUUGAAGCAUCGCCCAAUUAUUGCGAACCUGAUCUCGCUCAGGGCAGCCUGGGCACGCAGGGUCGAUCCUGUAACCGUACGAGCAAAGGUACCGAUGGCUGUGACCUAAUGUGCUGUGGUCGAGGAUACAACACGCAUCAAUUUACGAGAACGUGGCAAUGCAGAUGCAAAUUUCAUUGGUGUUGUCGAGUCCACUGCGACACUUGUACCGAGCGCACUGAGGAAUACACGUGCAAAUGAAUGAGAAAUAUUUCUCGAAUAAUAAUUUUCAAACCUCGAAUAAAAAUCAAACGUUUCUGACGUUCAAGUUCGACGAAAGAAGAAAAUCGUAAAAGAAAAUGCCUGUGAGACCAGGAAACUUAUUUUUAUAGUUAACAAACGAUUCGAGCAAACGUUCAUACCAAAAGUUUUCCCCUCCUUAAAAAUCGAUUUGAUCGGAGAAAAAAAGUUUUCGUUUCACGAAAGAUGUACUCAAAUCAUUAUCAUUUAUUAACGUACGAUUUUCGUUUGAUUUCAAAGCUCGUUUCUCGAUAGACUGACCCAUAAAAACGAUCUUAAGUUUUGCCCAUUUUAUAUUUAAACGAACGACGACGCUACGACGUAAUUAUGGCUAUGUAUUUAAUUGAUUUAAUCAAUCAAUUUGGCGAAUCACUUAAAACGUUUACGUAGGAUUUUUCUUUUCACAUGACACUAGAAUGUGCUUGAAUAAAGACGUAAUAAUGUAUGUCUGUACGAGUAUGUGUGUGUGUGUGUGUGUGUAUGCGUGUGUGAGCCUGCCUGUGCGUAUGUUCAUUUUCGAUGAACGAUUUAAAAACUAUAAAAAUACACUCGAUAGUUUUAACCGUACGUACUAAGACAUUCGUUUUAACAAGAGCGACUGUUCGAGCCCAUUUUCCUCGAUCCUUUUUCCUUCGUUCUCUUAGGCCUACCACGCGUAAAUUAUUAUUUAUUUGAAUUAAAGCAAAAGAAAAACAAGGCGAAAACCCAGAUAAAUUAUAUCAACUCGUAUUUACUUAAUAAGUGAUAUGUAUUUUUUUGUCCUUUUUAUUAUACGCAAAUGAGAAUAAACUUUAUGAAAAAUA